CCUACGAACGCUCCUCACUUCCAGAAUUCAAAGAAGGCGUCUUCAUAAACGCCUUUAUUCUCCAUUUCCGUUUCCUUCCCGGAAUUCGAUUUUUCAUCUCUGAAAAUGAGAGAGUGCAUCUCGAUCCACAUUGGUCAGGCCGGUAUCCAGGUCGGAAAUGCUUGCUGGGAGCUCUACUGUCUUGAGCACGGCAUCGGGCCCGAUGGGCAAAUGCCAAGUGACAAAACAGUUGGCGGAGGUGAUGAUGCUUUCAACACUUUCUUCAGUGAGACUGGUGCUGGAAAGCACGUGCCACGUGCCGUCUUUGUAGAUCUUGAGCCCACUGUUAUUGAUGAAGUGAGGACCGGAACUUACCGCCAGCUUUUCCACCCAGAGCAGCUCAUCAGCGGCAAAGAAGAUGCCGCCAACAACUUUGCCCGUGGUCAUUAUACCAUUGGGAAAGAGAUCGUUGAUCUGUGCUUGGACCGCAUCAGAAAGCUUGCUGACAACUGCACUGGACUCCAAGGGUUCUUAGUAUUCAAUGCCGUUGGUGGAGGAACUGGUUCUGGACUUGGUUCCCUUCUGUUGGAGCGUCUCUCCGUUGAUUAUGGCAAGAAAUCCAAGCUUGGUUUCACUGUCUACCCCUCCCCUCAGGUCUCCACCUCCGUUGUUGAGCCAUACAACAGUGUCCUCUCCACCCACUCUCUCUUGGAGCACACCGAUGUUGCUGUCCUUUUGGAUAAUGAAGCCAUCUAUGACAUCUGUAGGCGCUCCCUUGACAUUGAACGUCCUACCUACACCAACCUCAACCGUCUUGUUUCUCAGGUGAUUUCUUCUUUGACUGCUUCCCUGAGGUUUGAUGGGGCCCUGAAUGUGGAUGUGACUGAAUUCCAGACCAACUUGGUCCCAUAUCCCAGAAUCCAUUUCAUGCUUUCCUCCUAUGCUCCAGUUAUCUCUGCUGAGAAGGCCUACCAUGAACAGCUUUCAGUGGCUGAAAUUACCAACAGUGCUUUCGAGCCAUCGUCCAUGAUGGCCAAGUGUGACCCUCGCCACGGAAAGUACAUGGCAUGUUGCCUGAUGUACCGUGGUGACGUUGUGCCCAAAGAUGUGAAUGCUGCUGUUGCCACCAUCAAGACCAAGAGGACGAUUCAGUUUGUGGAUUGGUGCCCUACUGGUUUCAAGUGUGGUAUUAACUACCAGCCCCCUACUGUUGUUCCUGGAGGUGAUCUUGCCAAGGUGCAGAGGGCAGUUUGCAUGAUUUCAAACUCCACCAGUGUGGCUGAGGUGUUUGGUCGCAUUGACCACAAGUUUGAUCUCAUGUAUGCCAAGCGUGCCUUCGUCCAUUGGUACGUGGGUGAGGGUAUGGAAGAAGGUGAAUUUUCAGAAGCCCGUGAGGAUCUUGCAGCCCUCGAGAAGGAUUAUGAAGAAGUGGGUGCUGAGUCUGGUGAGGGCCAGGAUGAGGACGAAGACUACUAGAAUCUACUUCAGAUUCUUGUUCUUGUGGUCUUUUUCUGUUGUUGUGUUUGAUGUUCAGAUGUACCAGUACCGUUGUGGGUUUUAAUUUGGAUGCAUUGUUUUUAUGCUUCGCUGCUUCUGUUACAGACCCAAACGGAAUGGCAAUAUAUAUUUUGACCAUUGUCUGAACUACUAUUUUGUUUUAGCUGUGUUAAUUAUUGACUUUUUUUCUUUU